UGCUAUUAGCACCCUCUCUCGACGACCCUAACCCCGCUCGUUCCCUAAGCAAACACAAGCUAGCCCUCCGACACUCUCCCCAGUCAGUUCCCUCUAACCAAUCCGUCCACGCUCUCCGUUUCGUUCAGUACAGCACCUUCGAACUUGUUUCUCCGCAUUUCCACCAUGGCGAAGGGACAGGGCCCGGCGAUCGGCAUCGACCUGGGGACGACGUACAGCUGCGUGGGCGUGUGGCAGCACGACCGCGUGGAGAUCAUCGCCAACGACCAGGGAAACCGCACCACGCCGUCCUACAUCGCGUUCACCGACACUGAGCGCCUCAUUGGCGACGCCGCCAAGAACCAAGUGUCCAUGAACCCCGUCAACACCGUUUUUGAUGCGAAGCGUCUCAUCGGACGGCGAUUCUCCGACGCGCCCGUGCAGAGCGACAUCAAGCUGUGGCCGUUCAAGGUGCUGGCGGGCCCGGGCGAGAAGCCGAUGAUCCAAGUGGAGUACAAGGGCGAGACGAAGCAGUUCGCCGCCGAGGAGAUCUCGUCGAUGGUUCUCACGAAAAUGAAGGAGAUCGCGGAGGCUUACCUCGGGACUACCGUGAAGAACGCCGUGGUGACGGUUCCCGCGUAUUUCAACGACUCGCAGCGGCAGGCGACGAAAGAUGCGGGCGUUAUCGCUGGGCUGAAUGUGAUGCGGAUUAUUAACGAGCCGACCGCGGCUGCUAUCGCGUACGGGCUCGAUAAGAAGAAUGCAGGUUCGGAGGAGAAGAACGUGCUGAUCUUCGAUCUUGGCGGGGGGACUUUCGACGUGUCGCUUCUGUCGAUCGAGGACGGGAUUUUCGAGGUGAAGGCGACGGCUGGCGACACGCAUUUGGGUGGCGAAGAUUUUGACAAUCGCAUGGUGCACCACUUCGUUCAGGAGUUCAAGCGGAAGUACAAGAAGGACCUGAGUAACAACCCGCGGUCUCUUCGCCGACUUCGCACGGCGUGCGAGCGCGCCAAGCGAACUCUCUCCUCCACCGCGCAAACCACCAUCGAGAUCGACUCGCUCUACGAGGGAAUCGACUUCUACACCACCAUCACUCGCGCGCGAUUCGAGGAACUCAACAUGGACAUGUUCCGAAAGUGCAUGGACCCGGUCGAGAAAUGCCUGAAAGAUGCUAAGAUGUCGAAGGCGCAGAUUCACGACGUGGUGCUCGUGGGCGGGUCUACUCGCAUCCCCAAGGUGCAGCAGCUCCUGCAGGAGUACUUUAACGGCAAGGAGCUCUGCAAGAGCAUCAACCCCGACGAGGCCGUGGCGUACGGCGCGGCGGUUCAGGCGGCGAUUCUGAGCGGCGAGGGCAACGAGAAGGUGCAGGAUCUGCUGCUGCUCGACGUCACGCCGCUGUCGCUCGGAUUGGAGACGGCGGGAGGGGUUAUGACGGUGCUGAUCCCGAGGAAUAGCACGAUCCCCACUAAGAAGGAGCAAGUGUUUUCGACAUUCGCGGACAACCAGCCGGGGGUGUUGAUUCAGGUGUACGAAGGGGAGCGCGCGAGGACGAAGGAUAACAAUCUGCUCGGAAAGUUUGAGCUGUCGGGAAUUCCGCCGGCGCCACGUGGCGUGCCGCAGAUCACCGUGACGUUCGAUAUCGACGCCAACGGCAUCCUGAACGUCAGUGCGGAGGAUAAGACUACCGGACAGAGGAAUAAAAUAACUAUCACGAAUGAUAAGGGACGGCUGAGUAAGGAGGAGAUUGAGAGAAUGGUCGAGGAAGCUGAGAAGUACAAGGAGGACGACGAGCAGCACAAGAAGCGGGUUGAGGCGAAAAACGCGCUGGAGAAUUAUUCGUACGGCAUGCGUAACACCGUUCGCGACGACAAGAUUGGGGGUAAGCUGUCGCCUGCGGAUAAGAAGGCGAUCGAGAAGGCUGUUGACGAGACAAUUGAUUGGCUGGAGAAGAACCAGCUGGCGGACGUGGACGAAUUUGAGGACAAGCAGAAGGAAAUCGAGGGGAUUUGUAACCCGAUCAUUGCGAAGAUGUACCAGUCAGGAGCUGGGCCAAUGCAAGGAGGAGGCAUGGGAGAUGUGCCCAUGGGGGGAGCGGCUUCUAGCGGGGUUGCCGAGCCCAAGAUUGAGGAGGUUGACUGAGGGGUGAAGAAAGGUUGGGAUAGAUGAAUCCACCGCAUUCUUUCACAUUGUAACGAGGACGCAGAAUUGGUAGGAUUUAGAAUUAGUGGGUAAGAACCUGUAGUGCAAGUGUACUAUGAUGUACUAUUUAAAAUUACGAUGUCCA